CUGACUGAAGGCAGUGGUGUCCCGUAGUCUGAGAACAAUCGUGUCAGACAACGUGUGCCUCAAGACGGUUAGAACAUGACAGAGUGUUGGACUGCACUGGCCCUGCUAUCUCUGGCUUUGACUAUCUCUGUGUGUCUCAACAUUAUCUUCUGCAUCAGACGAAAAGCCACUUUGUGUAAAGAUGACUGCUGCUGCUCAAACAUUUAUGAUGGAGAAGGUCCAUCGCAAAAUGAGGGGCAUGAUUUUCAUAACCGUAAUCAUCACGAGCUGGAGGAAAAUCCCCAUAAUCAUCAUGAGCAACAGGAAAAUCCAAUCUAUGGCAACAUCAGCACAGAAAGAAGAGUAGAGGUUUGCUAUGAGAUGAUGACCAAGCAACAAAUGAGAGAUCAUACAACGUCUUUAGGGCCUGACCUGAAUUAUGCUUCACUGGAUCUGAAGGUGGCAAAGAAACGCAAGAAGCAUUGCCGUCAGCAGGGCCAGACUCAGGGGCGAAACAGCCAUCAAGAUCAGCUGCCCCCCAUGAAUGCUUUCUUGGAGCUGGAAGGAGACACAGACGCUCACCUUCCUUCCAAAGAUAUCAGCACCAUGGUUUCACACAGCAGCAUCUACCUGAACAGUCAACAGAUAGCUCAAGAGACAGAGGAGAUGGAGAGAGAAUGGAGCAUAAAUAUGGGGAGGGAAGACAUGGGCUGGGAGGGAAUAAGAAGGAGGGAGGAAGGGGGAAGUGAAGAAUGGAAAGGAGAGGAAGAUAGUGAGGAAAGAAAAGAUGUUAGACAAGAUGUUAGUAAUGGGAUUGUACAACUGUCAGAGGUACAGGCUAUUCAGAGUGGUGCAAAUCAUUUCAUCAGCAGCUUUAACCAUGAUAGUGACCAAUAG